AUGAUCAAAUUUCUUAAGAAAAUUUCAGGUGUAACUCCUCCAGAGGCCUGCGAUGAAGCUCUUAUCCAAAUGUCUUUAGUUUCUGAAACAGAACCAGCUUCAAGGUCGAAUAAAUCUGUUAGCCUUUCUGAUACAGCAUCAGAGUUGGGUGAAACUGCUGUGAUCCGUGAUUGUGAGCCGAAUAAAGACCCCAAAAGUGAUAAUCAAGAGCAAACCGUUCAAAUAGGAGAGUCACUAAUAGAAUUAGAUCCAGGAGAGUGGGUAUUUCCAGUAACAGAUUUGCAGCAUCAUGAUUUAAUUCAAAAUGGUCCCCACCAAAACCUAGAGAAACCUGAUGAAAGUUAUCCCAAAGAUGCAAAUAAAAGACAUUUUACUAAAUUUCAUUUUACUAGAAAACUGAGUAACAACAAAAAGCAACAUCACAGAUGGUUAGCUUACUCCACAUCUCAAGACAAAGUUUAUUGCUUGCCAAGUCAACUUUUUUCACAUUUGCAGACACAGACAGUAAAAGAAGGAUUUUGCAAUUGGAAAGAGAUGAGUAGGAUAUUGCAAAGGCAUGAACAAAGUCAAGGACACAUGGAGUGCAUGAUUAGAUGA